CAGCUCUCGUCUGCGUACUGCGAAACAGCGUCAGUUCAGAAACGCAGCGCAGCGUAGUCAGUAUUGUAAGUUCGCGCGGUACGGUUGGUUAUUAUGGUGUAGUGACUUGUCGUGUGAUCGUUUUUCGAGUUGUAUUUAUCGAACUGUUGAUUCGAACCUAAGAUGUCGGUCAUGCAGAUACAGCAGGCCAAGAGGCAGCACUGCUACUUAUGCGAUCUGCCGCGUAUGCCGUGGGCGAUGGUGCACGAUUUCAGCGAGGCCGUGUGCCGUGGCUGUGUGAACUAUGAAGGUGCGGACAGGAUUGAGAUAGUUUUGGAGACCGCGAGGCAGAUGAAGAGGGCCCACGGGUUCCAGGAGCAGACACGCCCUUCUCACGCGACCAAGCCGCAUAGGAGUACAGGACACGAGCACCAGAACGGCGAAGUUGUGGGAGCGUCGAGCCGGCAACCUUCCAGCCACCAUUCUACUAAUUAUAAUCUACACCAUACGCGUUCAGGAAUGCUUGCCGAAUACCAAACUGUUAGCGCUCCUCCGCCGAGGAACGCUGCCAUGUCUAGGCCCACGCAGCUAGAGGCUACUCCUGAACAUGAGGCCCUUGUUGGGCGCACUACGGUACGCCUUCCUGUAGCUGCCCAUCUAGCUGCUCACCACCCCAUUUCCCAUCAUCAUACCUCCAACGGCAGGGCCAGUUCUAUACCUCAACAAGGGUUGAAGCGUGGUAUGGCUGCUGUUGAUGAUGAUGACCAUCAUCAUCACGCUCCAGGUCACCACGCAAACGGGGAGAUGAAUCCCUCCAAGAGGAUGAUGUCUGUGGAGGAACAUAGUAAUGCUGUAAGGCCACCCUUGACCAGAGGUGAUUCUUUGCCAGCCGUUUCUAUAGCUCAGGGUUUUGUAGUUUCGGCUGACAGGAGUUUUAAACAGGAGAAACAUCCUCUAAGAACAGCUUCCUUUGAUACGGCAACUGCGUUCAAAACUAGUGUGCCAGUAUCAGUAGCGAAUUCUAACAGUAACAGUUCUGGUUCGCCUCUAACGAACAGAACUGGAUCACCUCCUGAAGCAAUCACUGCUGUGUCUACCCAGCAGGCUCAAGCCAAUUCUGGAUCAAGUCAAAGUCCAAUGGCUGCUCUGAUGUCGGUGGCCGAUAAUCUGCCUCCAGGAAGUCCCAGAUCAACAGGAGGCAGUCCUCCAACCAACGCCUUGCCGAGAUCUGCUAGCAGAGGGUCGCAGCAUUCUCCAAAUUCUACAGCUGGCUCUUCUAGUGGACGUAGAUCUUCUGGUUCUCGUCAUGUUUCAUCGACUACCGUCACUUCAACUGAAGCUGGCGCUGGUAACAUUGGUGGCUCAGGUGUAGAUUCCCUAACUGGAAAUUCUGAGACCAAUGCACCACCAACAUCUCAAACUACUGCAAUUUUGAAAUGUACCUUAUGCCAGGAGAGAUUGGAAGAUACACAUUUCGUUCAGUGUCCAUCAGUUCCCCAUCACAAGUUUUGCUUCCCCUGCAGCAGGGAAAGUAUCAAGAGACAAGGUGCUGGAGCUGAAGUGUAUUGUCCUAGCGGAGAGAAAUGCCCUCUGGCCAACUCAAAUGUGCCCUGGGCCUUCAUGCAGGGUGAAAUAGCAACAAUCCUUGGAGAGGAGUACAAGGUUAAAAAAGAGAGGGACACUUAAUAUAUCCUUUAUCGAAAGAAAUGGAAGAAUUUUUGACGGACUUCUAGGAAGUCCUAAUGAGUCUCACAAGUUUAUGGAGAUGAUAGCUGGAAAAAUAGCGAAAUUUUGGGGAAGAGAUAAUCAGUUGGGUAAUCCAAGAGAAAUGAAAACAGGCUGUGUCAAAUUUAGUGGGUAGGGACAGAGAAUGUCCACGAUGUAUAAACCACCGAAUUCAAAGGCUUAUAUCGCCGAAAAUAUGUAGAUAAUAAAAAUUAUUGUGAUUCUUAGAUUCUGAGCAUUUGUCUCUGCUCCGAUUUUCCUUCCUCAUUUUAUAAUUUAUAUUCUCUGUAUAUUGGAGUUUUUUUGUAAAUAUUGUAUAUAUAGAUUGAAUCUAAGAAUAUACUACAAACUCCCCCCCAUACUCCCUGCAUAUAUUAUUUACAAGUAUUCUAUAAGCAUUUUUAAUCAAUACGCACAACUAGUAUAAAUAUUUUGUACUUUUCUGUAAUUCACUAGUUGUGUACGAAUGAAGAAUUUUUUCAUCCAUUUCAUUAAUGCGUUCUUUGAGAUGUAUAUACCCGGUAUAUUCAACUGCUUUUUCCCAUGUAAGCGCAAGUUUUAGUUGUAAGUGAGUUGGCUUUACACCCCAUGGCAAAGAGUGAAUAUUCGUUGAGUUUGUAUUUUACUUCAAAGUUUAGUCCUGAGUUAUGUUAUGAAUUUUAUUUAAGUUGAACAGGAGUAUCACCUUAACUCCUUUCUUAUCUUUUUAUUUCUUGUUAUGGAAAAUUAUUUAAUCGAGAAUGGUUUCUAGUUUGUCUUUGUAUGGGGAACAAGCCAUGUCUUAAUUAUUUCUGAUUGUGGAAAAUUAACUAGUCAAAUAUGUGGAGCAGCAACUUCACUCAAAGGAACUCCAAAACUCGCUGGUAUAUUGUAAGAAUGAAUUAAGAAGUAAUUUUUCCUCAGCAACAGUUUUCAAUUUGUAGAUUUUAUGCCAUCAAGUCACAAUUGAGUAUUUUCUGAUUUUUUGAAUUGAAAUUAAGAAAGUAGAUGCUUUGAUGCAUCAAAUCUGCAACUGUAUUGGAAAAUGUCAGGAUAUUGAAUAAGAGUUUCAAAUUUUGAUGAAAAAAUUUUUUAGAUUGAAAUAAUAUUGAUUUCACUCUACUGAAACUUCCUUAUUUCUCGAUGUGCUAAUAGUGAUCUUCAAUUUUUUCUGAAGAUCCGUGAAGCAUUGAGAUUUUUCAUACUCUUAAAUUUUUUUAUGAGAGGAAUCUCUUCAGUUAUUACAGGGAAAAUUGUAUCAUACUAUACUUUAUAUUGCAAGGGCCCUUAUAUAUAUAAAAACUUUUUGAUUUGUGCAUAUUGCCACAAAUAUAUAAGUAUUGACUAUGCCAAUAUCUUGUAAAUGUUGGUUGUUUAUUGAGAGACAACUGAAAUGUUAUCAUUUGAUGCUUGUACAAUCUAUGCUAUUAGUUGAUGUCAAUAAAAAUAUUCAGUGUCAAUAA